GAUUAAUUAGUAAUUGAGAUAUGUAAAUCCAUCUGCGUUUCACCAUUAGAGGAGAAAUUGUUUCAAAAUUGUUCUCAAACUAAGAGCCCACCAGGGCACAGAACAAUAACAACAACAACAAUAGCAACCAAGAAAGGGAUUCAAAAGAAUAAAGGCUUCUUUUUAUACAUUAUAUCUUAAUAAUGGAAACUAUUCAUGAGAAACCUGCUUCCAACUGUAAAGAGCAUGUCCACUUUGAAGCAGAGCAACUCAAGGACCAUAAUCUUGAGAUUCACGUGAAACAGAGCGACGGUCAGGCAGACGUCCACCUGGGAUUUUUACAGGUCAACCACCACUACGUCGUUUGCUUCUGUGUCAGUGAUAGCCUAGGGGAGGAGGUUGUCUAUGAUAAAAGGGAAAACCUUCAUGUUGAGAUCCAGAAAGUCACCCCUACAGAAGAUGGUAAGGGACAUGAUCUGGUGCUGCAUUUUAAUGCUCAUCGAGAAAAGCUGCUGACAGAAAUGAUAAAUAUAUACAGUAAAGACCAACAGAAGAGGCUGAAGAUUGUUAUACAUGCCAGAGUUCUAGGUAAAGGAAAAGGGACUCCAGCAUUGAAGAAUGGAAUCAAAUGUUACAAAGUUGAUACGGAUGAGGACUCGGAUGCACACAGUGACUGGCAGGGAUUCUAAACAAUGCACAAAUCAGAUUGGACAAUGCCCAGUUUAGUAUUACUAGUAUGAUCCUCAGAUUGAGUAUUCUCGCUAACAAUUUAGAGCAUUUUGUGUAGAAAUCUAGAUGGAGAUUAUAUGACAAUUGAUAUUUUGAUGAUUAAUUAAUUGUUUUAUUGAUUAAUAUUUUUUUUUGUUCAGGAAUUCUUUAUACAUGUAGUUGAAUUGUAGAUAUUUUAAAAGUAUUCAAUUAAACAGAACAUUGGUUGUUCUAUAAUGUGUCCAUUACAAUAGUCAGAUAGAAAACUGGGCCCAACUCAAUAUGAAAUCUGUUGGUUAUGAUUUCAUUCAAUAUAUGUAGGUCUUCCAAAAAUAGCUUCUGUAUGCCCACUGGCUUUUAUUUAUAGUAAAAUCUGUCAGAUGUAACAAAAAGUGCCUAAAAGAUUCCAGAAAAUCUGGAUUUUCAUGCUCAGAAUGUAAUUCAGAGACCAGCAUUUAUACUCCUGCAGAUGUGAUGCAUCUGAGUUUGUAUACAGCCAUACAGAUAUUGUCAUGUGGGGAAAGCUAAGAACUCUUACAUGAUGAAAAAGAAAGUUAACUCUUUAAUAGACUUUUUUUUUUUAACUUUUUAAAAGAUACAUGUACAGCGAUUCAAAAAAACAAAAACAAAAAAACAACAACAACAAAAACAAACAAUAUACAUAUAAUGUUACAGACUUUAUUGUUACAAUAGCCCUGAAUUCUGCUAAAAAGAUUUUUCACACCUGAUAGUAUAUAAAAAAAGUAUCAAGUUUGAGUUUCAGUUUCUGAAAGCAUGUACAUUGUGUUGUAAAUUACAUGUAUUAAAAAAUAUUCAAAUUUCUUUACAUUUGCAUUUCAGGUUUUUAUUCAUUAUCAUGAUUAUACAAGAAAAACUUGCAUGUACUUUUGACAUCCUUAUUUUCUUUCCCCACCGAUAUUUAUUAUUUUAGUACAGAUAUGUAUUAUUAAUAUACCAUGUUAUGCAGACAGAAAAUUAUCCCGGUACAUUCUGAAGUUUUCAUUUUACCAUUUCAUGCAGUCUUUGAAGUUGGCCUUAAUUUAUGGAUAAAAAUGUUUUGCUUAGAUGUGAACUAAUUUUGAAAACAUUUUUUAAUGUUUUUUUUUUAGCAAUUGCUAAAUUCUCCACUUUAUUUGAUUUAACCAUUUCAACUUUUAUUGCAAAAUACAUGUAGGUACUAGGGUUCACAGUGAUACAUGCUAAGUGACAUCUUUCUGGAAGUGUACUGGUUUAUUUAUAUCUAUACAUUGCUGAGUACUGUAGGUGAGGGUUUUACACCCCUGAAAACAAAUGCACAUAUGCAUGCAAACUUUCUGUAAAAUCCUUUUUUUUUAAGUACUGGCACAUGUACAUUGAUCAGUUUUUUAAGUGAGCCAGGUAUGAACUGAAUAGUAAAAAAGGUACUGUUUUGUUAAGCUAUAAACACAGUCUGCAUCUCUUUUCUGUUUUAAUGAACAUCUUACUGUUCACAUCCCUUUUUUGUGGUGAACAUUGAAAUAUUCCUAGGCUGUAGUUUAUUUUAAGCUCAUACUAUCUAGUUUUCAAUGUGUGGUACCAGUACAUGUGAUGUACACACAUUACGAAGAUCUAUAUAUUAUGAUAUUUAUACAGUACAUGUUGUAUGUUUCUAUUUUUUAAAAAUGCUCUAUGCAUUUCCUGUCAAUAUUCUAAGAUAAGAUGUUGAGAUAUAUAUUGGAGUUGGUUAUACUGUCAUUGUAUCUGCAUGCCAAGGUUUAGUAUUGUAGAUACAAUUGUAGAAUUUAAUGUCAGUUUUGUAGUUUAAACUGAACAAAUAUACUGUAUAAAUUGUGUUUUGGGUUGGUGAAUUUCUGUGUACCUGCCAAUAUUUAGAUUUAUUAUGUUUUUUGUUUGUUUUCAUUAUCAAUUAUGCUUGUUUUGUAAGAUUUUUUCUUAUUUUUAGCAGCAGAUAUAUUUUGAUAUUAAUUUACAACAUUUUCCAGUGAAUUCCAGUUUAAGUUUAGUUUAGGUUCUCUAACAGUCUAUAAAAACUUGUACUAAUAAAUAGAUUCCCCUGUUUAGUUUCUGACAACUGCUGUAUAUUUCUUUCUAAUGUGAGCUUUAGUUAGUUUUUUAGCUUGUGUUCAGUUAAUGUAGAGAACUGAUAUUUCGUUGACAGUGUUAAUGAAUCACAGAAUGACCUAUUAGAUAAUAGGAUCCUAAGUAAACUCGGUCACUGGAUAAAAUCCAAAGCUUUAUAAUAUUUCCGAGUAUAAAUUAUUUAUUAAAUGCAAAUCUUGCUAUAUUGCAUCAUAUGCAGUUUUAUAGUUGGAUGGAAUGAUUAAAAAUUAUUUUAAUAGACAUAUUAAGUUAUUCAGAACCAUUACGGCAGUUAACUGUCAUCUACUGAUAAGAGUAAAUUACCAAAAAACGAGAUCAAUAAGACCCUUCUAAUUUUCAAUCAAAUAAUGCUGGCCUAAAUUAAAUUCAGAAUAUGUGUUUAAAAUUUACGUCUGAAGAGAUCUGAAUUUCACCAAAUUAUCUUUGAUAUUUGGCUCCCUUUUAAUCCUCUCCUUAGUUAAUGGCUGCACAUCAUAUGUUGGUCUCAGAUCAGGAUAACUGGGGACAUCAUGUAAAAAAAAAAAAGAAAAA